CGCGCCCGAUCAGUAACCAACGCCGAUAAAACACCUAGAUAUCCUUUUCCACCUCCAAAAUGUGGCUCCUCAAACUGCUCGAGUAUUGUCUCGGUCGCCUCCUCUUCCAACGCCGCGGCUACGAUGCGGACUGUCUCUUCAACACUCACGCCUUCAGAAACCAUCCCAAGCCGACCAUAUCCAUCUCAUCGCCCGACUGCGGCGCAUCGGGCGCACAGCUGAGCAGCGAAUACUCCAAGUUUGGCAGUGGGCGCAUUCCCUCGCUGACCUGGCCUCGCGCAGCCCCGAACGUCAAGGAGUACCUUCUCUUAUCAGAAGAUCCAGAUGCUCCGCUAGGCCACGCCAACGUGCACGGUAUCUAUUGCUUCAUCCCGCCGACUGUUACUUCGCUUUCUCCGUCCGAUUUGGAGCUUGUGAAGGAAGAGGGUGGCGUGAAGGUGAUCAGGAGUGGGUGCACAGUUGGGAAGAACCGACGGAAUGCUGUGUACAUCCCUCCACGGCCGCCGCUGGGUCACGGUCCGCACCGGUAUUUCUACGAGCUGGUCGCGCUGAAUGAGAAGCUGGAUCCUGCGACGAUGAGCAAGGUGCCGACAAAGGAGGAGGUCGCGAAGGCUAUUGAGGGGAAGGUGGUGGAGUGGGGAAUGUGAGAAGCGACGUUUGAGAACCGGUGGUGAGAUGGGGAUGUUGGCCAUCCUGCUAAUAAACCCUACGCAAGGGACGCAUCAAUUGUACGUUGCUACCUUCCAUAGCAAUCCUGGCGAGAUCGCAGAUGCACAUAGGGCAUUUAGAGAGCUCGUGCAAGCGCAAAAUAGGGGCCACCUCGAAGUUCAAUGUUCCUCGCUUAUCUUAGCGCACUCGCCGCGUGCUGACAUGUUUUCUUGCGUAAAUAUAGGCACAUUGGUCCGAACGAAAAUGCUAGUCUUGGUCUUCUACCUGUGCUCUGAUGCCGG